AUGACAAGAAAGAAAGUUAAACUAGUGUGGAUAGUGAAUGAUGCUGCAAGAAAAGCUAGCCUCAAGAAAAGGAGAAUUGGGUUGCUGAAAAAGGUGAGUGAACUCACCACCUUAUGUGGUGUUAGUGCUUUUGCAAUUAUCUAUAGCCCAGAUGAAAGAGAGCCAAUGCUGUGGCCAUCACGCCCUGUGGUGCAACAGCUGCUGAUGAGAUACCAAACCAUGCCAGAGAUAGAGCGGUGCAAGAAGAUGAUGAAUCAGGAAAGUUAUCUCAAGGAGAGGAUUGCCAAAGUGCAGGAGCAAUUCAGGAAGCACCAGAGAAAGAACAGGGAGAUUGAGUUGGCCUGUCUCAUGGACCGACUUCAUCAAGGUAAUGGAGUGGAUGAUUUUGAGGUGAAUGAACUUCAGGGUUUGAUUUGGUUGUUGGAGGAGAAAAUGAAGGAUAUAAGAAAAAGAGUCGAGUAUUUUCAACAAAUGGGCCACCAAUUCGGAGGUGGUGGAUCUGGUGGAGACAUCAUGAGGGAUAACCCCACAGAUGCUAUGGUGUGGGAUCAAUGGUUCGUUGAUAUGAUGAACAAUAGCGAGAACAUUGCUGGUAGCAGUAGUGGUACUAAAAAUGAACAGGGCCACCACCCACAAGGGUUUAACAUCACCGGAAUUCCUGGUGGUGAUGGUGGUGGGCUUGAUAUGGGGCAACAUGAAUAUGGGUGUAACUCCUUUUGAUCUAGGAGUGCCUCCUCAUCAUGGCAAUCCUUUUGGGCUGGGGCUGCAGCCUUAUGAAAAUUUUACAGGCAGUAGCAGUGCAAAUGCUAUGGGCCCGGGGCUGACUGCUGCUCCUCCUAGCAGCACUACUGGAGGAAGCUCUAUCGGAAGCGAGCUAGGGCUGCCUGGAUUCUUCACCGGUGGGAGUGACAUAGGCCUGCCAUAUGAUGUUACUAAACCUUGGCCUCAAAAUUUCUCACCUUGA